AAGGUUAUCACUGUUAAGUAAGAUUCCAGUUUGGAUUUUUUUUUGUUAUUUCGAACAAUUUUAUUCCUUUGCUUAUGGCAUUUAAAUACGAAAAAUUCUUUAGUCUGAAUUUUAAACUCUUCGUGAGCACACCUCGUUUCAGCGUUAGUUUAGUUGAAAUUGUUAACUAGUUGAAAACGAUUAAUUUCAAUAUUCAUUUGAUUUUUAAAUUUUCAACAAUGAAUUAUUUCACCAUCUUUACAUUUUGUGUAACCAUUGCCUUGGUAUCGGCUAGACCACAAAUGGGAGGAUUUCAAAGUCAAGAAUCUCAGCAAAACCAGAAUUUUCCAAAUCCAUGGAAUUCAUGGCAAAGCCCAUCUGACUUCUCUAAUCAACUCCCAAAUAAUUUCGCAAAUCAAGACCCUGGAUUUACAUUUUCAAACCAAAUAAAUGGCCAAAACUUUAACCAAAAUCAAAGUCCCCAGAAUACAUUCGGAUUUGUACAGAAUCCAAUUAAUGCCAUCGUGCCAAAUAGUGGUACAAAUCAAGAAAUUAAUAAUGUUCAGGGAACUCUGGAUCAAAUCUUACAACAACGACAACCACAGCAACAACAAGCGAACCAAAACCAAAAUCAAUCGGGCGGAAAUCAAGAAACAACAACCGCAAAUCCGGCAAUUGCUCAAGUUAUAGCUUCGUUGCCAUAUGUAGAAUGUAGAGCAAAUUGUAUUACACUCAGUCAUUAUACCCCCCUUUGCGGUUCGGAUAAUCAAACUUAUUACAAUGAACAAAAAUUGCAAUGUGCAAAUAAUUGUGGCCGACAAUUAACAAACAACUGGGAAGAAAUCACAGGCCGACGUGGCUCAUGUACAACUGGACCCAGAGCUCCAUAAAUAUUUCAAAAAGCUGUAAUGCUAACAUGAAAAAAGCAAUAUUUUUUAUACAAUAUGUUUAAUAAAGCAAUCACUUUUUAAAAAAAUUAAGAAUUUGCGUGCUCGUAAAUGUGAUGGCGAACAUUUUCAACGAAACCAAAAUCAUUAAUAAAAUAUUUUCACUUUA